GAAACCCAUCAACUAUGUACUGGGAGAGGUAGUUGACUAAGAUCUCAUGGUUAAAACUUAAAUACCUUAACAUGCAAUGAUAGAUUCAAUAGCAGCUCUAAUCAUUUCAACUUCCAUUCCUAUUUUUGAUCGAUCAUCAAAACCAUGUCUGAUCUAAAACAAUUUGAAUACCUCAAAAUAAAACUAGAAUCUAUACUAUCAGCAACCAACAACUUUAGCGAAGAUAAUUGCAUCGGAAAGGGAGGAUUCGGCAAUGUGUACAGGGGAGAACUCGGGUGGGAUUCGAAGGAACGUGCCAUGGUUGCUUUAAAACGUUUAAUUCGUCAUAAAUUUCCCCAAGGAAAACGUGAGUUUUGGAGUGAGAUCCUUACCCUUUCUCGUUACAAGCAUGAAAAUAUCGUAUCUCUCUUAGGGUUUUGUGACGAUAGUAAGGAGAAUAUCCUAGUCUACGAAUAUGCUACUAACAGUAGUCUUAAUGUGCAUCUCGAGAGAAAUGAUUUAACCUGGGUUCAACGCCUUAAGAUAUGCAUUGGAGCGGCUCGCGGACUAGCUUACCUUCACGAUCCUGCCGGGGGUUAUCAACGAGUAUUACACCGCGACAUUAAAAGUUCUAAUAUUCUAUUAGAUGGAAACUGGAAUGCCAUUAUCGCUGAUUUGGGUCUAUCUAGGUUUGGUCCUGCUAACCAGGAAAUCACAUUUAUUUUAUCCAACGUCUGUGGUACAAUUGGGUAUUGUGAUCCCCUGUAUGCAGAAUUAGGGAUACUUACAAAGGAGUCGGACGUUUACUCGUUUGGCGUUGUGCUGUUUGAAGUUUUGUGUGGGAGGUUGUGUUUUGUCACCAGUGAUAACCCUCAACCUUUUACUCUAUGGGUACGAAAAUCUUACAAGAAGAAAAAACUAGAUGAAAUUAUAUAUACUGGUAUAAAGGAGGAAAUUGGUUCAAGUUCCUUGGAGGGCUUUGCAGCAAUUGCUUAUAGAUGUUUGAAGAGAGACCGUGAAAAACGUCCAUUAAUGAAGGAGAUCGUGUUAAUACUUGAAACUGCUCUCAGACAUCAAAGCCUUAAUGUACAAUCGCCACCACCAGCACAGUCUCCACCUCCACAUUCACACAGCUCGCAUGCAUCAGCUCCACCUGGCCUAUUAAGGCUUGAUAGCUCCACCGAGCUGGAUGAUCAAAGUAAUAGAAUGUCCAUUGAUUUUGCACAACUGUUUUCCAAAGAAAGAAGUUCAAGAGCUCAACCAGGCUAUGGGAGGCUCAAUCCAGAAGCAAUUCGUUUGGUUCAUCCAGACAGAGCAACUGAUUGUGAAACCAUGCUUCGGAAAAUAAGAGAACCUCUACCUGAUAUUAUUAAUGUCAUCCUUGCAUUGGAUUCUUCUGCUGUUAUUGUUGAUCAAGUUGAUGCUCUUAUUAAAAUAUGUCCUACAAAAGAUGAAAUGGAGUUGCUAAAGAGCUAUACAGGAAACAAGAGAAUGCUUGGACAAUGUGAACAGUUCUUCUUGCUGUGUGCGAAGAUCCCAAGAAUAAUGCAAAAACUACGUGUAUUUGCAUUCACAACUACUUUUAGCAAUCGGGUUAACAAUUUGAGAGAAACCCUGAAUACAAUCAAAGACGCUACUAAAGAGAUCAGGGAAUCAACAAAGCUGGUUGCAAUAAUGCAUACAAUUUGCACCAUGGGGAAUAUAUUAAAUGAAGGCACAGAUCAAGGAUCUGCUGAAGGAUUUAAAUUACACAGUCUUGAGAAAUUGGGAGAUACACAUGCAACAAACAAACAGAUCACACUGUUGCAUUGUCUAUGCAAGGUGAUUGCAGAACAAACUCCAGAGUUGUUGGAUUUUGACAAGGAUAUGAUUCACUUGCAAGCUGCCUCCAUGAUGCACAUUACAAGUUUGCGACUGGAUGUGUUAGCAAUAAGCAAAAGUUAUAAUGAGGUGCAACAGGAAUUCCAUGCAUCGGCCAAUGAUGGUGGUGUAUAUGCUCAAUUCCGAGAGGCCAUGAAGAGAUUUCUUGAUAGUGCGGGUGCUCAACUCCCACCACUUACCUCCUUCUUCAAUGAAGUGGCUGAGGAUGCAGAUUCACUUGUCCAAUAUUUUGCAGAGGAUUCCAGCCGUUGUACUUGGGAGCAAGUUGUAAGUUAUCUGGUUCGUUUUAUUGCGAUGUUUAAGAAAGCACACAAUCAGAAUAACCAGUGGGCAGAGGGAGGUAGCAGCUACUAAAAAGCCCUGACAUGGCAGGCAAUACAUUUAUAAACCUGAAGCAAGAUGCGCAUGAUGGUGGUUUUUCCAUAACAAUCUACACCUAAGACGUUUAGGCAUCAAUGUAAAAAAUAUACUAUUGUGUUACCUGUAUUUGUAAUACUAAUAGAUUGAGCUGACUUUUGGAUGUUCUUAAGGGAUCACGUAUCAAACUUAAAAAUCAUGAGACUUGGGUCACUUAAUAAAAGUCAAGGAAG